CGUAGCCCCGCGGCCCUUCAGCUGUCACCCAACAACAACAACAACGGUGACAGCUGACCACCACCCCCGCACGCCCGGCACUGUACACCCCUGCCACCAGCUCCCGCGGCGCCCCUCUGCCUUACUGACUCCAGGGACACGCUAAGGGAAGGGAGGCGGUCUUUAGUGUGGGAAUUCAAGUGGUCCAGUGCAACGCGACGGCAGGAUGGGCGGGCAGGGCGGCGCUCCCAAGGCCUACCAGAAGAUCCGCUAUGGCAUGAUGGCCGUGUCCUGCGUGGGUAUCAUGCUCUCCACGUACGCCCUGCACGUGGAGGUGGCCAAGGAGACGGACAAGAGCUACCAGGCCAUGUGUGAUAUCAGCACCCACGUCUCCUGUUCCAAGGUGUUCACGUCCAGGUAUGGCCGAGGAUUUGGACUCAUUGGGAAGCUGCUUGGUGAGGACCACAUUCUUAACCAACCAAACAGCAUCUUUGGCAUUCUCUUUUACUGCAUAGUCAUCAUUCUUGGUGAAGCGAAGUCUUUCAAGCUGGCAAAAUUCCAGUUUGGUCUUGUUGCUUCAUCAAACUUCAUGAGCAUGUACCUGGCCUACCUCCUCUAUUUUGUGCUGAGCGACUUCUGCUUGGUUUGUGUCAGCACCUACAUCGUUAAUAUUUUCCUGACAGUUCUGGCCUUCAAACGCCUCUCAGCACUUCAGAGGAUUGUGAAAGUUAAGUCCAAGUAAUGUGGAUGAAAAUAGAGAAUUACAACUCUAAGGAGUAUAAUGAGAAAGUCUACUAGUAUAUGGCAUUGUUUAGAAAUUACAAAGAUACAUGUAUUCACUAGUGGAAAGAGAUGCUAGUUUAUGUUUAAUUAAAUAUAGAAUUAUGUAAGAUUCUAUUUAAGGUUGUAGGACAGUCCUUUUGGGAAAUUAUGCUAGACGAACCAAUACCCUGUGAUCCUCAUUGAGACCCUUGGCAGGCUAGAUGAUUGGAAGGCACAGCCAUGACUAACAGUAAAGCCUCUCUUUAUUGGUCUGACAAUUGCUGUGGAAACAUGGGUUAUGAAAAAGGAAAAUUUUGAUGCAUAAGAAAUGCUACCAAGCAUUAAUGGCGCCACUAUAAACAAUUGCCUGCGCCAUGAUGGGCUCGGGCAGACCAUCAGGCCCCAAUGUAAUAGCCUACCGGCGCUAUAGGCCACAUGUAGAAAAAAGAAAAGAAAAAGGAACAACUUUACUCUGCUGCUUUUCAACAUUGAUGUCUGUCUUUGCUUGUGUGACUUAUAGUACUCCAUGGCAAGCCUUUUUGACUAAAGUUGGCUGUUAGUGAUAUUGGCCGCACAUGGGUAAACUUUGACCAAUGGUUGUUGCAAAGUCAGUCAUUGGAGGAACUUGAACUUGAAGCUUGUUGUUUACCAUUCCAAGUGCUCACCAUACAGCCACCGCCCAUUUUGAUUUACAUUUAGGUUGAAGAUUUAUAAGCAAGCAUGAAAGGCAGAGCAAAUUAAAUGCCCUAAAUAGAUGUAACAAGGGCUUUAACAGAAGGAAGAAAAUAACUGAUAGAUAUAUAGGUAGGUCAACAAAAUUAGUUCUUUUCUCACAGCUUGAGUUUGAGAAGGCUAGGUCAUGUUUUAGUGAUCUCAGUCACUGCCUCUCCAGGAAGGUGUCAGAGGUAGUCUAAAAUAUCAAUAUUUAUAUAUAAUGACUUCAGUAAGUAUUUAACAAGGACCUCUUCAGAAAGUAAAAUGUCAUAACAGUUAGUGUAAGCCUUGAGGCUGGCUUAAGUCGUCUUAGUUACAAGGUGAAGAGUUUAGGAAGUUUAGGGUUGUAAUGUGAUAUCAGACGGGCCACGUCACUGGUGGAGUUCAAGAGGGUUUCAUAUCGGGCAAUAUCAAUGCAUUCUUAGCUUUUUAGUUUUCUGUUUGAGGGUGGAUUAUAUUUAUCUUGUAUUCCUUUUCAAGGAUACCAAUGGGGUAUUACACAAGUUUUGGAAAGAUUUGAAUUCUUCAGAGUUUAUAUUAUAUAAUAUGCAAUGAGUGAGACUGACAAAUGUCAAAAUGAUGCUCAAGAAUCAUUACCCUCCUCAUAUCAUUGUAAAGGUAAAGUCUGUUGCCAUACAUUAUCAUGGCCCACAUUACAGACAGAGUAAAGAAUUUGACCAUUUGGUGAAGGAAGAGGAUAGGUGGGAGCCACAGUGACUAGUAUGCACAGUGUGGUAGCAGUUACCUCACUCAAAGCUCAGAUAGUGUUUGCAGGUUAAGAGUUGAUGAGUACUGUUCAAUACAUUACCUGGGAUUCCUUGAAGUUCAAAUGCAUACUGAAAAUAUUGAACCAUCUUGUUCUAUUUAGUGCAUAUUAGUCCUUUUAAUACAUUUUUGUAGAAGCAUUGUGGAAAGGGAUGUAUGGCAAUGUGUGUACAUUCAGACAUGCAUCAACACAUUUAUAAACAGCGAUGCACAGAAAGUCACGGUCUCAGUAUUGCUACAUUAUCAGUAAACACUUGGGUUUUCCCAGUAAAGGGAGGUGUUACUGUGUUUGCCUGUUCACAGUCAUGGAAGUGUUCCCUGUAAUGUUGGUGUCUGAACAAUGUACCGUUGUAUCAAUUUAGCUGUACCUGUAGUUGCAUGGGUGAUCUUAUCACUCAGGGUGUCUGUAGUUAGUCCAUGUGUGAGAACCGUCCAUCUCUGUCACAGCACAUCAUGACACUGGUGGUGUCUGGGAGUGGAGGGUUUGGCACCACUCAAGUCUUCCCCGUCAAGCUUAAAGUCUAGCAAGGAUGUUGGAUGUGAUGCAGCUAUUUGUUCGUGCACUUCAUUUACCUUAUAUUGUGUGUAUGUAAAUGUGGCUCAUUUACAUGAGCUGUAUAUUUUCCUAUAAGCUAAAUCUUUACUUUUUUAUGUCUAGACCCACCCAUUUUGUUCAUUGUGGGAAUUGAGGUCAUGGAUCACGAUGUACAGAUAGUUACCAAUAUAUGUGUUGAUAUAUGUAUUUACAAUAUAUAGCAUAUUUAUGUACGUAUAUAUGCCAGACAGCUUAUUACUCAACUUCUGAUGGGUCUUGGAAAUGUGUAAAGGUUUUCAUGGCAUGGAAACAAAGAAAUGUUCCUGCAGUCAUGUUGCUUUCCAUUCACAAGUUUAUUGAAGUAAAUGAUUGUUAGGUUUCUUGAUUAGUAGUUUAUUCUUUAUACUUUAUAAGUAUACUCUUUAAAUAGUAGGUACUCAUGAUUUGUGGGAUCAGAAAUUUGUCAUCAAAUUAUAUUAAAUAUUGUGGAGCAAGUAAAGAAACCAGACUGUAUUCUUGCAGUUCCACAAUUUUGUGUGGUGCACGCAGGCAUUUCUUAAACUUGGGCUCGUGUGACCCAGCAAAGCGUAUCAUUGGAAAGCUCUUAAGUCAGGGACCUCAUAAAAAAUGUUGCCAUUUUAAUUAUAAGAAGAAGAAUCAUAAGAAUAACCAUCCAGAGAGAGUGCACAGAGCAACAGAAGAAGCAGAAACAAACUUUGUCACUAGGACGCAGGUUUUAUUGACGCUCAUGUAUAAUUGCUGUAAUUUUUAUAUUGACGGAUUGAUAUGCUGUGUAGCAAUGGUGAAAUUGUGUUGCAGUUUUAAAGUUUUAAAGUAAAGGGCAGUAUAGCUACAAUGGCAAUCUAUUGAGACUUCCAUCUCAGUCCUGCACAAGCUUUGCCUCUUCAUGUAGACCUAUCAGUGGAGUGGAUGUUAGUGGGCAGUGUAACAUUUCUUUCUACUGCUCUUCUGUCUCUUACUUGUUGCAACCAUUUACCAUUAUGUAUUUUACCUGUUGCAACUAUUUUUCAUUCAGUGGUUGUCCAACAAGUCUUAAGGAUCAACAGAGCUUCAUCAAGGUCACUCACUGGUUUCUGCAAACAGUCCAUCAGUCUUUCUGUGCUACUCUUAAAAGGUUGUGAAGAGGAUCAAUAGUUAGUAUGUUAGUAGUCUUAAUGAUUUGUAACAUUCUGUUCCUGACAUGGUUUUGUAGUGAGGGAGUAACCAGACCAGAGGUUGGUGCCAGAUGCCAGGAGGAGGGACCUUGUGACCACCUCUUUCACCUCAGGUUUAUGUCCCUGAUCCAACAAUUUUUUUCGUGGCCCUAACCCUCAUUUUUUCCCCAAUUUGCUUUUUGUCCAAAUAGCCCUUAAAAACCUUUAGAAUGAAAAGUGCAAGUAAAAUGGUUGUCUUUCAUCUUGAGUACUAUAUGGAGUCAGUUCAACUCUUCUGUGGCCUUUGACAUAUCAUUUUAUAUCAGCUCCAACAUUUGUUUAGUAUUCAUUCAAGUUAAAUCACAUAUGAUUUACUCCGUCCAUGAGUAUAAACAGCAGCUAUGGAUUGCUAAGACUGCACAGUAAAUGAAAACAAAAAUUUGUCAAGUAUGGAAAACUGUCCUUUCACCAUUGUCUAGUAUUCCAUCCAUAAGACUCAGAAUUUCAAAGCAAUGCUGUCUCACAGGUCAUUCCUAUUAUAGCAUUGUACUUCGGUAUAUUUGUGCCAAAUUUCUGAUAUUAAACUAGAGAGCUUAAAAGUGCACAUAGUGGUGACCUUCCUGAUGAUCUCGGUAAACUCAGCUGGUUAAUGAGGGACCUUUGAUAUUGGUUAACAUGAGGAAAAUCAUAACAUUUUUUUAACUUACCUGAAUUUCAGUAAUAUGUACCCUGCUUUUGGUUACUUGAGUCAGUUAGUAAGGACUCUGGUUAUAGUGUACAGGUAUACAAAGUAUUAUCAGUGCUUUAUGUACCAUAUCACUGGUUUGUUCAUAAGAUGCAGGUCAUCAGAUUCUUAGACAUUGUUUCUGUAUGUAUAUUAAAGCAAUCUGUUUUGUGACUGGUGGAGGUGAUCCCCAUGCAGUACACAUGGUUUAAGGGUCAUAAGUGGCAGAGAGGCCGCACACAGUAAACACAUGUUGGUAGUUCUAUCAGUAGUCGGGAGGUCACAUGCAGUUAACACAUGCUGAGAAUGUAACAAUGUUCCUGCUAUUUUUCUUAGGAGAUAGUCGGCUUGCACAUAUCUUGCUGUCAGUCUUUGUGCCAUUCCACACUGAAAUGCAUUUAUUAGUCACCUAACAUGAUGAUUUGAGGAAGUGGGUUAGUAGUGCAUCUGGAUCAUAAGAUCAGGGUGAAUGGAUGAGUUUUAGGUUUGAUAAAAAAUAGGAGUAAAAGUGAGAAUUGCAGAGAAUUGUAAAGGAAAAAUAACACCUCUCUGUCUCGAGGCCGAUGAUCAUUCAAAUAAAGCAGAUCACUUCACUCAUAUGCUCUGCUUUUUACUCUUGCAAUAUUCUAAACAGGUAGUCACCUUUACAAUUACAGCAGCACUUAGUAAAUAAUGCUACCUGGCUGUUAUAUAAUUUUAGUUAAAACAGUUCUUGCUUUCGGCCUAGUCAUGAUUUGAACAGCCGUGGUCACAGAAAUAUAAUGUAAUGAACUCUUGUAAAUAAAACCCACACCGGCAGACGAAAGAUGUGUAUUUUGCCAAAUGUUUUGCUUGACAAUGCUGCCAUCUUCAGUGGGUUGAAGGAUAGAAGAAGGGAAAGUAAGCACAGACUCCCUUUUGUACAAAGACGAACAAGUAAACCCGAGAGGUCCGUCUGUGUGUACAAGGUGAUCUGUACUUACCUUCCCUGCUUCCACUCCCCCUAGCCACUGAAGACAACAGCAGUGUCCACAGAAACUGUCAGGUAAGAUACACUUUGUUUGUCUUCCAGUGUGGAUUCAGUUCACAAAGAUGGUCACACAGUGUAAUUAUCUAAGUCUGCAAUAAACUACUGUAAUAAAAAAUUCCAAAGUUUGCAAGAUUAACUCGGUCUCAAUACUUAAUAGCUUCUGCUAAAGUAAAUGUUAUUUUUCCAUUUGACACAGUGAGGUAAUUAUUCCUUAAGAGCCUAGCAGCUUGAGGACUGUGUUCCACCUAAUAAUGUCAGGGCAGAGGCUCAUAAUUGUAUCUUUCCUGCAUUGUGUUCACGAAUAGCUAAGAGAAAGAUUUCGGUCCAGCUUAGUGGUUUUGUAAAGUGUGAGUGGUGAUGCCAGUGCAAAGGUGUGCAUUGAGGCCAGUCAAGGAAUUUAUUUCCAUUGCAGCGUCAGUCAUAUAAUUUCAGCCUUUGUGUUGAGGUUGAGCAGAAGGAUCACCUCGCCUGGGCAUCAUGCUGUCAUCCAGCAUAAGUAAAAAAGUGUUACUUUGCACACAGGUGCAACAUUUUUGCUGAAACUAGCCUUACCUGCCACCUAACAUUGCAGUUGUGGCAUUUAGAGUUCCAAGCACACAACAUGGAUGUAUGUGAACAGUAUUUCUAGUUUCUGGCAGGGUAUUUUAGGUGUGAAUGUAUCAAAUGAUGACACUUUUAAGCAUGCUGACUCCUCAUGAUCACAAAUGUUUAUAGUUUCUGUUGUUUCAGCAGUACCUGUUAAUGUGAGAAGUAUUUGGCCUGUGUUGUACCAAUGUCACUGUGAUGUGCCAGGGCCCUGGCCAAGGGCCGCCCUGUCCUGGGAGUGGUAAGUGUUGGCUGGAUGGCUAUGUAGAUGCCUUGACCCGGCGUGUGCGUCCUCAUGAUGCUUCCAGAGGACUGUAAUUAAGUGCUGCCAAUCUCUUGGAGGUAUGUUGGGGUGGAUUGACUAGACUGUCAAUGACCCAUGAUGCUGGUGUAGUUUAGUGGCUGUAUGUGGCUGUGACACACACACAACACACCCUUGGCUAACAGAUCUCCAAUUGUCCCCAACUUGAGCUUCCUGUUGUUGUUACUAACAUUUCCCAUACUUUGUUAGUACAUGUAUGUAGAUAUGUAAAUUGUGGCAGUAUAAACUAAAUAACUUGCUAA